AUGUCGACACCGCCGAAGAAGAGAUGCUUUAUUGACCCGGAACACGAAAUAUAUCCACAAAAACAAUAUGGACAUGUGACGCCGCCAUCCCCUGGUCAGCCCAAUGUUGGGGGACAAAAUAGUGGAUAUGUGAUGCCGCCAUCCCCUGGUCAGCGCAAUGUUGGGGAACAAAAUAGUGGACAUGUGAUGCCGCCAUCCCCUGGUCAGCGCAAUGUUGGGGAACAAAAUAGUGGACAUGUGACGCCGCCAUCCCCUGGUCAGCCCACUGUUGGGGGACAAGGAACAGGAUAUGUGAUGCCGCCAUCCCCUGGUCAGCGCAAUGUUGGGGAACAAAAUAGUGGAUAUGUGAUGCCGCCAUCCCCUAGUCAGCCCAGUGUUGGGGGACAAGGAACAGGAUAUGUGAUGCCGCCAUCCCCUGGUCAGCCCACUGUUGGGGGACAAGGAGCAGGACAUGUGACGCCGCCAUCCCCUGGUCAGCCCACUGGUGGGGGACAAGGAGCAGGACAUGUGAUGCCGCCAUCCCCUGGUCAGCGCAAUGUUGGGGAACAAAAUAGUGGAUAUGUGAUGCCGCCAUCCCCUGGUCAGCGCAAUGUUGGGGAACAAAAUAGUGGAUAUGUGAUGCCGCCAUCCCCUGGUCAGCCCAGUGUUGGGGGACAAAAUAGUGGACAUGUGAUGCCGCCAUCCCCUGGUCAGCCCAGUGUUGGGGGACAAAAUAGUGGAUAUGUGAUGCCGCCAUCCCCUAGUCAGCCCAGUGUUGGGAAACAAGGAACAGGACAUGUGAUGCCGCCAUCCCCUGGUCAGCGCAAUGUUGGGGGACAGGGAACAGGAUAUGUGAUUCCGCCAUCCCCUGGUCAGCCCAGUGUUGGGGGACAAGGAACAGGACAUGUGAUGCCGCCAUCCCCUGGUCAGCCCAGUGUUGGGGGACAAGGAACAGGACAUGUGAUGCCGCCAUCCUCUGGUCAGCCCAGUGUUGGGGGACAAAAUAGUGGAUAUGUGAUGCCGCCAUCCCCUGGUCAGCCCAGUGUUGGGGGACAAGGAACAGGAUAUGUGAUGCCGCCAUCCUCUGGUCAGCCCAGUGUUGGGGGACAAGGAACAGGACAUGUGAUGCCGCCAUCCCCUGGUCAGCCCACUGUUGGGGGACAAGGAACAGGACAUGUGACGUCGCCAUCCCCUGGUCAGCCCAGUGUUGGGGGACAAGGAACAGGAUAUGUGAUGCCGCCAUCCCCUGGUCAGCGCAAUGUUGGGGAACAAAAUAGUGGAUAUGUGAUUCCGCCAUCCCCUGGUCAGCCCAGUGUUGGGGGACAAGGAACAGGACAUGUGAUGCCGCCAUCCCCUGGCCAGCCCAGUGUUGGGGGACAAGGAACAGGACAUGUGAUGCCGCCAUCCCCUGGUCAGCCCAGUGUUGGGGGACAAGGAACAGGAUAUGUGAUGCCGCCAUCCCCUGGUCAGCGCAAUGUUGGGGAACAAAAUAGUGGACAUGUGAUGCCGCCAUCAUCUGGUCAGCCCAGUGAUGGGAGACAAGUUAGUGGACAUGUGAUGCCGCCAUCCCCUGGUCAGCCCAGUGUUGGGGGACAAGGAACAGGACAUGUGACGCCGCCAUCCCCUGGUCAGCCCAGUGUUGGGGGACAAGGAACAGGACAUGUGAUGCCGCCAUCCCCUGGUCAGCCCAGUGUUGGGGGACAAAAUAGUGGGCAUGUGACGCCGCCAUCCCCUGGUCAGCCCAGUGUUGGGGGACAAGGAACAGGACAUGUGACGCCGCCAUCCCCUGGUCAGCCCAGUGUUGGGGGACAAGGAACAGGACAUGUGACGCCGCCAUCCCCUGGUCAGCCCAGUGUUGGGGGACAAGGAACAGGACAUGUGAUGCCGCCAUCCUCUGGUCAGCCCAGUGUUGGGGGACAAAAUAGUGGAUAUGUGAUGCCGCCAUCCCCUAGUCAGCCCAGCGUUGGGGAACAAGGAACAGGAUAUGUGAUGCCGCCAUCCCCUGGUCAGCCCAGUGUUGGGGGACAAGGAGCAGGACAAACGCUGUCACAUCUCCGCCAAUGUGUGCUUCUACAAAAUGGCCAUCAAUUUGGAAGUAAUGAAACUUUCAAUGCUUGUUACCUGCCCAUCGAUUCGGGACUAUGCCGUGGUUCACUUUUGAGAUAUGCUUACGAUUCCAUAACCAAUCAAUGCCUUCCUUUCAUGUGGACGGGUUGUGGCGGCAAUAUGAAUAGAUUCAAGAAGAAAUACAAGUAUGUUGUUAUAACAGUGAUCGUGUAUAUUCCUCCUACAAGGAUUUGCAAAGAGUAUAUCUACACUAAAAUGCGCUGCGCACUUUAG